AUGGAGCUAUUUGUUUCAGCUGUUGUUUGUCUGCUUAUUGUAACGUUCGCUUUAGUGGUCGGAGAGCCUGCAGAAGUAAGUUCUGAUCCGUCUACCAAUGCACUCGUGGAGGCCCGGUACGAUCAUUAUGAAGACAUCUUCCGAUACUGGUGGCCAUGGUUCAGUGAUCUAGCGACGGUCGUUGCCAUAAAGCUAAAGAUUGCAAUCGUUUUGGUCGCGAUGCACGUGUUCGGGGAUGGUUACUAUUGGUCCAAAUGGACCACUGGCGGUUCAAGUGUCUUUGACAAGGGUCAGUUUGUACAGCAUCCAGCCGAGUUUGGUUGGGGUCGACGGCGGAAACGUGAAGCAGCUGUUCGAACGGAUGAGGAGACCAAGGACACGGAUAUGGCAGAGCUGAUAUUCGACAAACUGGACCUCAAUGAUGAUGCAUGUCGCAGGCGUGUCGUGUGUGAACUUUACCUGGAGGGAAAGCGAGUACCAGAAGUUUGGAGAGUUAUGAGCGAGUCGGGCUACGAAGUGUUUCGUGCCUAUCGUCCGAAAAGUACGGUGCUAAGUUCAGCCGAGUGUAGUAAACUUUACAACUGCAACCUCCAUCAGAUGAGACAAAAAAGUUCCCUAGGCGAAAACAACGAAGAUGAUUGGAGAUGGCCACGUUAG